GGCAGACUAGUGCACCAUUGAGUAUAGCGCUUUUUUUUUUUUAAAUACUAAAUUAAUACACACUAUUUAGUACGGUAGUACGACGUUUCCUAUAUAGUUAUGAUGGUACAUGUUAUUAUGGUACCUGAACACUUCACUGUGUUAAUGUAAGCGUUUUUGUCAUAUGAUUUACUUUUCUUUGUUUUGCUGUCGACAAAAAAAAGCAAACAAAAUACAACUCUCUGGAAAACACUUAUUAGUAAAAAAAUGAUUAGUGCUCGUAGUUUGUUUUGAUAGAGAAACUGAUGAAGCUUUUUGGUGACCAGGUCAGCGCGCGCACGAUUCGGCUCAUUUUUAGUGAUAUUCAUUAAAUACAUAAAGGAAGCAGUUUGUUUAAAGUGCACAGGCAGUUUACUGCAAGAAUUCUCAGCACACCUUUACUAUAACCAUGAAACUGAAAGAACUGGAGAGUUGCCUUCAGCAAGUGGAUGGGUUUGAGGAACCAAAGAUCCUCCUUGAACAGUAUCCCACCGGCCCACAUAUAGCAGGUUGCAUGCUCUACACCAUCCACAACACAUUUGAUGACAUUGAAAAUAAACUGGUUGCUGAUCUGGGUUGUGGAUGUGGAGUACUUAGUAUAGGAGCUGCUGUCUUGGAUGCAGGACUGUGUGUAGGAUUUGACAUCGACAGUGAUGCGCUAGACAUCUUCAAACGAAAUGUGGAAGAAUUUGAGCUGCCAAACAUCGACAUGGUCCAGUGUGACAUCUGCUCUAUAGGAUCGUUAUACACAAAGAAAUUUGACACAGUGAUCAUGAACCCUCCGUUUGGCACAAAACACAAUCAGGGUAUCGAUAUGCAGUUCCUGAAGACAGCCCUUUUUAUGUCGAAGGGAGCAGUUUAUUCUCUUCAUAAAACUUCUACACGAGAUCACAUACAGAAGAAAGCGAGUGAAUGGAAAGUGAAAAUGGAAGUAAUCGCAGAACUUAGGUAUGAUCUACCAGCAUCGUAUAAGUUUCAUAAAAAGAAAUCGGUUGAUAUCCAGGUGGACUUCAUUCGAUUCACCCCCAUGUGAACCUUGUUCUGAAAUAAGAUCUUGAACUUUCUAUUGACGUUGUUUUUCUAUCAUGGAUAUAUUUUAAUAUAUUUUGUUCUUUUGACUGGA